ACGGUUCUUGUGCGGUGGCUUUCCACACAGGUGACCGUUUCUGUGGGGCCUUUCAUUUUUCUCUUUACAAAUUAUAUAACCGUUGCCCAGCCAAUCAACCCCCACACAGAAACAAAGGAGCCGGAGGCAGGCCGCCACAGAGCAUUUCACAACGUGUAACGAACUUUGGUUGGAUUAAAUUUGCUUCCACCAUGACUGUCGAGGUUAAGGCUCAGGAAACCCAAGUGGCUGAAGUUGUUCCGCAACAUCCAGAACCAGAAGAGGCUUUGAAGGCUGCCAAUGAGACUGAAAAAGUGGCUGUGGCUGAGCCUGAGGAAGAUCCCAUGGCAGUUGAGAAGUGUUCUUCCUACAGGGAAGAGAGCAACUUUCUCUCCGAUCUGAAAGACCACGAAAGGAUGGCCUUGAACGAGCUGAAAUCGAAACUCGAGGAGGCCAUCCUCGGGAACAAUCUAUUGAAGAAAGAGGAGGCCGAAGAAAACGAGAAAUUGUCGGAUAAAGCUGAAGAGGAGAAGGGCAAACGGGCCCCAGAAGGGGCAGAACAAACGGAAUUGAAGGUUGAGGAAGAGGUGGGUACCCAUGAAAGAACAAUAGAAUGUGUUGAAACUGAACAAAGUGAUGAAGAUGAGAGGGUUGAAGAAGAAGUCAUUGAUAAGGAUAUCGCCCUUUGGGGUGUACCCCUUUUGCCCAGUAAGGGUUCUGAGGCGACAGAUGUGCUUCUGCUCAAGUUUUUGAGGGCUAGGGAGUUCAAGCCCAAUGAAGCAUUCCAGAUGCUUGAGAAAACGCUUCAAUGGAGGAAGGAGUUUAAGGCUGAUUCCAUCUUGGAUGAGGAUUUGGGCAACGAUCUGUGCUCUGUUGCAUAUAUGAGCGGCAAUGAUCGUGAAGGUCGCCCCAUUUGUUACAACAUUUUUGGGGCUUUUGAUGAUGAGGAACUCUAUAAGAAAGCUUUUGGGACCGAGGAGAAUCGCGAGAAGUUCUUGAGGUGGAGGUUCCAGUUGAUGGAAAAGGGCAUUCAGAAGCUUGAUUUCAAGCCUGGUGGUGUCAAUUCAUUGCUUCAGAUCAAUGAUCUCAGGAACUCCCCUGGACCUUACAAGAAGGAGCUUCGGGUUGCCACCAAGCAAGCUGUUGGUCUGCUCCAGGACAACUACCCUGAAUUCGUGGCCAGAAAUAUAUUCAUUAAUGUUCCAUUCUGGUACUACGCCUUCAAUGCCCUCUUAUCCCCUUUCCUAACUCAAAGAACCAAAAGCAAAUUUGUGGUUGCUCGACCGGGGAAGGUCACUGAGACCCUGCUCAAGUACAUUGCUUUAGAGGAAAUGCCCAUUCGGUAUGGUGGAUUCAAAAGGGACAACGAUUUCGAGUUUUCCUUUGAAGAUGCUGGCGUUUCAGAACUUGUCCUGAAGGCUGGUUCAACAGCAACUCUUGAAAUACCAGUGCCAGAGGUUGGAGCAACAUUGAUUUGGGAUCUGACGGUUUUGGGUUGGGAAGUGAACUACAAGGAGGAAUUUGUCCCCUCCGAAGAGGGUUCAUAUACCAUUAUUGUUCAGAAGGCAAGAAAGAUGAACUCGAAUGAAGGACCAGUUCGCAACACUUUCAAAGCUAAUGAACCUGGAAAAAUUUUGCUGACAGUUGAGAAUAGCUCAAGCAAGAAGAAGAAGGUUAUGUAUAGAUACAAGACCAAGAAGGGCCCUUGCAUGGCAGAUGUUCCAUACAGCUAAAUGUUUAUAUAGCUCGUAAAUGUGCUUGCUUUUCAUGGCUGUUCUUUCAGAUUUGAUUUGGGAGUGAAAGGAGGUGGAUUGAUGAGAGUAAAUUAUUUCUUUUGGACAUUCUUUUAGGACAAUUCAUUCAUUGUGUUGAGUAAUUCUCUGUUUCCGACUUUAAGAGUUUUCUGGGAUGGAUUGCUUGUUGGGAAGAAUUCAUUCAUUAGUGAAAUAUUUCAUUUAUUUUUGUCAGGCAGUUUGAUGUGUUUAGUUUGUAAGCAUUUCUGCUUAUUUUUCUUGG